GUUUGGUUCAGUGAUCUACACAGUGUACAGUGUAACAGUGCCUUAAUAGGUUCGACAUUAACCCAUAGAAUUAGGGUUCCACAUCAAUAAUGACACCACAACGGCGACUGUGUGGUCUCAGGCUGGGUUCCGUGGGUCUACUCACUGUGUUCUUCUAUUUAAUAGACCGAUCUAUAGCGGCUCUAGACGGCUACAUACCCGGGGAAGACUAUCCGGUCUACACAGAGGUCCCCAAGGGUUUAUCAUUCACAUGUGAUGAUAAGAUACCAGGGUACUAUGCAGACCCGGAGACUAUGUGCCAAGUAUGGCACUGGUGCGUCCCGAGUAUCGGCGGGAACCUAAUGUACUCCUUCGUCUGCGGAGCUGGCACAGUCUUCAACCAGAAAACCAGGGUCUGCGACUGGUUUUUCAAGGUGGAUUGCCCCAACGCGCCAGCCUUCUACGGCAUCAACGAAGAUCUGUAUAAGGACGAGGCUGGAAAUUACAUCAAUGGCAAAAAGGGUAAUUCAUACGACAAUACAUACGACAGACGACGACUGACUGCGAGACGCAAACGACACGAGUACGUGACGAGACGGACACGACAAUCUGACAAUAAUGACAUACAAGUUAGAAAAGAUAGGAGUCUGAAACAAUCUAGCUAAGGCCUGAUUUUUCCAACCGCAAGAGAAAAUCUAAGGAAUAAUUUUAAAUAUUUGACAAUCCACACUAAAAACUGUCAAAUGUCAAUUUUAUUCUAUAGUUAAGAAUUAUCUGUUGAUUGACAAAACAGUGCCUUCAGCCAAACGCCAUUUUAGCGCUUGUCUACAGAGAGAGUAGAAAUCAAAAUGUAUGGAGAUGACACUGACAAGUGUCAAAAUUUACGUCA